AUGAAUUCUAGGGGAUCCUUGACUCCACUCAAAUCAAUUCUUUCUGUUACAAUUGGAAUUGCAGGAGCAGACAAGUUACGGUCCAGAAGUAAUGGAGGUUCCAAAAGGGAAUUGCCUCCUCCCAACACCAAGGAAGGACAUGGACCCGCCGUUCAAAUUGCUGCUCAAACUUUUACUUUCCGUGAACUUGCAGCUGCAACAAAAAACUUUAGGCCAGACUCCUUUGUAGGGGAAGGUGGUUUCGGAAGGGUCUACAAAGGCAGGCUUGAAACCACUGGUCAGAUUGUUGCAGUCAAACAGUUAGACAAAAAUGGUCUCCAGGGUAAUAGGGAAUUCCUUGUAGAAGUUCUCAUGCUCAGUCUUCUGCAUCACCCUAACCUUGUGAAUCUGAUUGGAUACUGUGCGGAUGGGGAACAACGCCUCCUUGUUUAUGAAUUUAUGCCUUUGGGAUCAUUGGAAGAUCACCUUCAUGACCUUCCCCCUGAUAAGGAGCCACUAGAUUGGAACACUAGAAUGAAAAUAGCUGCUGGUGCUGCAAAAGGAUUAGAGUACCUGCAUGACAAGGCAAAUCCACCUGUCAUUUACAGAGACUUCAAGUCAUCUAACAUAUUACUUGAUGAAGGGUACCGCCCUAAGCUUUCUGACUUCGGUCUUGCGAAGCUUGGUCCUGUUGGUGACAAAUCACACGUUUCUACCCGAGUCAUGGGAACUUAUGGUUACUGCGCUCCUGAGUAUGCUAUGACUGGACAGCUGACUGUGAAGUCUGAUGUAUAUAGCUUUGGGGUUGUCUUCUUAGAGCUUAUUACUGGACGCAAAGCAAUUGACAGCACCCAGCCCCAUGGAGAACAGAAUCUUGUCACAUGGGUUUUGCUCUAUUCUCUCCUUGUCAUUGUAGUUAGUUCAGCAUGCAUAAGCUCUUGUAAAUUAAAAUGGAGAUGUGAUUGUGGUUUUUUAUGUAUGUUUGUGCAGGCACGUCCACUUUUUAACGACCGCAGGAAGUUUUCAAAGUUGGCUGAUCCCAGGCUGCAGGGACGGUUUCCCAUGCGGGGUCUUUACCAGGCGCUAGCUGUGGCAUCGAUGUGCAUCCAAGAAUCGGCUGCCACACGCCCUCUGAUUGGAGAUGUGGUGACAGCCCUCUCUUAUCUGGCAAACCAGGCAUAUGACCCCAACAAUGGUGGGCAUGGUUAUAGGGGGUCAAGUGAUGAUAAAAGGAACAGAGAUGAUAAAGGUGGAAGAAUACUGAAAAAUGAUGAAGCUGGGGGAUCUGGACGCAGAUGGGACUUGGAAGGAUCCGAGAAAGAUGACUCCCCACGAGAAACUGCAAGAAUGUUAAACAGAGAUCUAGAUAGAGAACGUGCUGUGGCUGAAGCCAAGAUGUGGGGAGAGAACUUGAGACAGAAAAGACAACAAAGUUUGCAGCAGAGCAGUUAUGUUUCUAACUAA